GGGCAACGUUGGGGGUCUAAGAACUUUCUUCCCGAGAACGAAUCGAGCAAUUUAUUGCAACUAUGUCGUUCUUCGGAGUUAAUGUCAAUCCAUUUUCGACUCCUGUGGGUCAGAGAAUUGAACAAGCUACCGAUGGCAGUUUACCGAGUGAAAAUUGGGCUCUCAAUAUGGAAAUAUGUGAUAUAAUAAACGAAACCGAAGAUGGACCAAGAGAUGCAAUAAAAGCGAUAAAACGAAGAUUAACUCAAGCAGCUGGGAAAAAUUACACCAUUGUCAUGUAUACACUCACUGUGCUGGAAACAUGUGUUAAAAACUGUGGUAAACGUUUCCAUACGUUGGCGUGUUCACGGGAAUUCGCUGGGGAUUUGGUGAAACUCAUUGGACCAAAGAACGAGCCGCCCACUGCAGUGCAGGAAAAAGUAUUGAGCUUGAUACAGACAUGGGCCGAUGCAUUCCGCCAUCAACCCCAUACGCAGGGAGUGGUGCAAGUUUAUCAGGAGUUGAAAGCCAAGGGAAUUCAAUUUCCCAUGACUGAUUUGGAUGCCAUGGCGCCUAUACUCACGCCCGAGAGGAGUGUUCCAGAAGUAACACCAGCUGGUCCUCUAUCCCAAGAGCGUCCAGCCUCUGCUACCGACUCAGCAGCAAUUCCCAUUCCGCCCACAGCACAGCCCCCAGUGACAUCUCCAAUUCGUCUCCAAGAUCAGCACAUUGCUAAACUCCGAAGCGAACUUGAAGUUGUACAAGGAAACAUGCGAGUUCUAGCUGAGAUGAUUCAACACUUGACUGAGCAGUGUCAGAACAAUCAACAGCCAGAGCAGGCCGAUCUCGAUUUACUCCACCAACUAUACUCUACAUGUCGAGCCAUGCAGGAAAGAGUUGUGGAACUCGUUGGAAAACUUGUCGAUGAUGAAAUGACUGCUGAGCUACUUCGCAUCAACGACGAGCUUAAUAAUUUGUUCUUGAGAUAUUCAAGAUUCACAAAGAAUAAAGCUAUACCUCCGGCUAGUGUAAUUUUGGCCCAGGCCAUUGGACAUCCACCAGUGGGUACUGAGAUGACAGGAAAACGCUCGGAGCCAUCACUUAUCGAUUUAGGGGACGGCGAAACCGCAGCUGGGCUUGAUAAGCAAAUGUCAGAAUUGGAAAUUAAAGGUGACGACACGAGGACUAAAACAAAGGACAAAGAUCAUCCUGAUAAUGACGAAUUUGACAUGUUCGCCCAGUCGCGUAACGCAACGUAUGAAACAACGAAGAACAGUGGAAGUAGAUACGAAGAUAACAUGGAGGAAUUGGAUAGUAGUAUAAGCACAGCAUUGAAGAACCGCAAUUUAAACCUCGGGGCAUCUGGAGCCUCGAAUUCUGUCGAUUCUGAUGUUGCUGCUCCCACCGGAGUCAGGACUGUUCUGCCAAGUCGAGAGUCAGAGUUCACAGAAAUGGCAGCGUGGCUCGAUAAUACAACAGCCAAAGAACACACUGGGGAUCAAGAAUCCUUGACAUCUUCAGAAUUUGAGAGAUUUUUGGCGGAACGCGCAGCAGCCGCUGACGCGUUGCCAAAUUUACCAACAGUCACAACUGCUCCAAGUACAACAACAACUGGAAAUACAAAUAUUCAACGACAAAUUAACAAAGAUCAAGACAAAUCAUUAUUUGCCCUCUAAACAACACAAUUUUAUUUAUGUGUCUAUUGAGUAUUGUUACGAGUUUUUUAAACAAAAUAUUAUUUAUAUAUUUUGAGAGAUAGAAAAAAGAAGAAAUGAUAAAUUGUUGCUUUCUGCUUUUACGUACUUAUCAAGUUUAUGGUAACGCGCCCUAUGACUAAAAACCAAAUUAAAUUACGAGAAACACUAUCAAGAAGAAAUUAGUUUAAUCAUGAAUCGAUCGAUCUUAAAUUAUGACUUCUCUACAAUGUCAUCACUAUGAAUGAUCGAAGAGAAUGGAAACUUUACACUUACAUUUUAAAAAAUCCUGCAAACAGGGGUAACACCUGAAAAUUUAGUGGCUAGUUAAAAUAAAAAAGAAAGAGCAUUGUUUUUAAGUGUAACUGCUAUCAUUAAUGAAUUGUAUAUAAAAGAGUCUGUUGGACUACUUUUUAUAUAACUCAGUCCACUUAUACCAAUGCAUAGUAUAUAUCUCAGUAAUGAAGUGGUAAAAGGGUAAAUGAUAGUAAAAUUCACCAUGUACUUGAUGGUGUAUUCUGCAAAUAUAUCUGAACCUGCGGAUUCUGAACGAGAUUUCAAGAAAUCUAUUUCCAAGGUUUUACAAGUUGAAAUUCACUGGACUUUGAGAUGUUGGCAAAAUAAUUCACGUUCGAAAUUUGAAUUUUUAACUUACCACCUUUUACAAUUUCGCUACAGAGUUUAUGUCACGUGGAGUAUGUUUCAAAAUCAUUGUAACAUUUUGAUUAAUUAAUUCGUAUUCAAAAAUUGUUGAAAAACAUGGUAAAAUGAAAAAUUAUUGUAGAAAAAUAAAAUAGUAUUAUAUUGAAUACAAGAAAA